GCUUUGUCCAUAUUCCCGAGAAAGAUACUCCUUUCUUUGCUAACAGUGUCACUUCUAAACAAUAUGAUACCAGAAGCCAAAAACAUGUUAGAAACCCACCAGAGCAGAAUAAGGAUAAUGAUAAGUCUAAAGUUCCUAAAUUAGAAAUUCUUCUUCAACAUAACCAUGAUGUUUUUGCGUGGUCUCUAGGUGAUCUUGGGCGAACUAGUAUAACCUGUCACUUUAUUAAUACAAGGGAUGCUUUGCCUAUUAAACAAAGACCAUACAGGCAUUUCCCUAAGGAGAGACAUUAUCUCCAAAAGAAGCUUGGUCAUAUGUUAAGAGAAAAGAUCAUACGUUCCUCUAUAGGGUCUUGGACGUCCCCUGUAGUUUUGUAUUCAUCUCUGGAUCUCGUGUCCGGUUACUGGCAAAUCGAGAUGAGUAAAAGUGAUAAAAAGAAAACUGCAUUUGUGACUGA